CGAGGCGAGGCACUGUGUCUGGUGGGCAGGUCAGAGGCAGUGUAGCUCCGGCAAGCGUGGAGGAAAGACGUACUCGCGACACUCCCUCGCCGCCCUCACCACGCAGACAACUGGGUCUCUCCCGCGUCUGAAUCCCGACUACUGAGGAAUAACGUUCACUCAGGCAUCAUGAUACUCUCGCCAUAUAAGCGGUACAUUAUCAGUGCGUUGAUGACACCUACACGUACUGUUUUCCCUGUGGAGUGUGUGUAACGGCACGCUUGGAAGUGCCACCCAACAGUAACAGUGUGUGGAGAUGGAAAAGUUAAGUAAGCAGUAAGAAAGGUUCUCGCCUCUAUGGCCCACGCUCGGCGGCUCGUGGCUGCCGGCUGCAAUACUUGACGAGGCUCACAGAAUAAAAGACAAGUGAGUGUUUUCAAGAACCACAAACCCCUUCUUGGUCUCGCCUGCGCCGGCCCUCUCUUCUGCUUACUUCAGACAGAGGAAUGAUUUACAGUAGCUUAGAAAUGUUGCUUCCAAGACAAGAAAUAAUUCGGAACAUUCGUUUUCUCUGACUUCAUGGCAAAGGUUAGGUUUGCCAGAACAACUACAUGAUUACAAACAUUGUUGUAUUUAUCAACUGUUAUAUAUAUAAUUUUACUUGUGUAUCGCGUGCGUGUGAUUCCCACCUUGGUGUCACGUGUUCUGACACUGUAUUGACCCCGAAAACACCUGGAUAGUGAGCUGAGGUGAGGUUGAAGGCUGCUGAGGAUCGAGAAGCAAGCAUCACUGUGAAUCAAUAUCUCACACUCAUUACCCAUCGCGACAAUACCAUCAUGCUUCUCUCACUGUGUGUAAUAGGAGCCCUAGCGGCGAGUGCCAGCGGCGGGCCAGAGGAAGUGGAAGUUGCCUAUCCUCUGGUGGGGAUUACUGAAGGGACGCCAAGCUCCUACAUCAGACUUACGGGCGUGGCGGAAGACGAAGAGGAGGACGAGGACGGCCGAUUGGACGAGGACGGCGAAGACAUCGAGGAGGAGCCUUAUUUCGAUGCCUCCAUGUCCCCCACCUAUACCGCCUACCUGGGCAAGACGGCGACGCUCACCUGUAUUGUUCACGCCGCCAAGAGUGACAAAUCGGUGUCAUGGAUCAAAGACCUGCGGAUCCUGACCGUGGGCCGCUAUACCUACACGACGGACCUCCGCUUCGAGGCGAUCCACCAGCCAUCCAGCACUGAGUGGACGCUGCGAGUGAAGCAAGUUGAGCUGCGGGACCAAGGGAAUUACGAGUGCCAGAUCACUACCAAGCCCAUCAGGACCUUCACCGUUUUCCUCAAGGUCGUAGAACCGACGGUCGAGGUUCUUGGAGCACCUGACAUCUACGUGAACCGAGCCAGCAUGAUCAACCUCACCUGUGUUGUAUACCACGCCCCCUACCCGCCCGAGGCUAUCACCUGGUACCACGGCAACGAGACCAUCAGCUACACGUCACCGCGAGGCGGGGUCAGUGUGGUGGAGGAGCGCGGCGAGACCACCACCAGCUUCCUCCUGCUGCAGAACGCCCGAGCCUCAGACACCGGCACCUUCACUUGCCAGCCUGAUGGAAUGGAGCCGGCGAUCGCUAACCUCCACGUUCUCGAUGCUGUGUGUGCGUGCCGAGGCUGUCCACCAUCAUUGUGGUGGCUGCCUUCAUCGUCACCUGUUGUGUGGUGUUGUGAAGUCCCAAGGAGGGCACAGGCACCCAGGAGGCACCACAGGGGCACCCUCGCGGCGCCCCUGCUUCCUCGUGCAAGCCAUCCAGGCGCCCGGACAAGGAAGUGGUUCGUGAAUCACAAGUUUCAUGGCCAAAAAGACUUUCUCACCGCUGUUUCUGAAGGCAAAUGUGGCGCCGCCGCCACGAGACACUUUACAGUGGACGGCUCAUCCUGACCUUCUCUGCGUACAGGCACAAAGGGAAGGUCAAUCGCAACGGUGCAUUAUGCAAUUCUUGAAUACACGCUAAGUGCUGCGGAGGCUGGAAAGUUUUCCCAUCAGCGUAAAAUUCCCUCAAAUGCAAGAAGUUACUGGACUGUUAAUUAUUUUUUACUUAUUUUUAUAGGGGAGGCGAAAAAAUUGAGUCACCUGUUCAUAUGCUCAGUUAAUUAUGAAAGAGCAGAUUAUGAGCUCGUUCAGCCGCCGGGCCGCGGGGCCGAUCAGGCACUAUUUUUCCCGACAACAUUUUUACUUUCAAUGACUAAUAAUAUUAUGGGAAAAAAUGUAAAAUGCAAAGUAGGCUAUUCAUUUUAUACAUUCUCAUAAUUUGGUUUCUAUUUUUCUAUAAUUGCUCUCUCAAAAAAAGAGGAAAAAAAAACAUUAUGAACAUAAUGGUCACUAAAAUCCUAGUUUGUUGAUUCUUUUUUAUAUAUAAUUUCCGCUCACUAACAAAUUAACAACAGUCAGUAAUGAAACGUCAGAAAUGUGAUUUUUGCAUAAUAGAAAACCAACUCGUAUUACUGGUUGUGGAAAAGAACAUACACACAUAUAAAUGAGGUGACUGGACUGAAGAUAACAGGAGCAUGUAAGCAGAGAUCACACCAACAAGUCCCCGUCAGGAAACAAUAGUCAAAGGUCCAAGCUGACGUCACAGAUCAGACAUGGAUUGGAACAGGGACGCAAAAAAUUAUUAAUCCAGACCAAAGCUUCCCACAGAACCAAUACAAAAAUACUUCAGAGAGAAAACGUAACAUUUACUUUGAGGGGAGUGGCAACAAGGGACAAAGAGCGAAGGAAGGGAGGGGGGCACUGACCCCUAGACCCUUUCCCUUCCCUUCACCCUCCCCUCUUCUCCCCCAAAGACUACCAAAAUGUAUGGCGUGUUUCCGUGUCCUCCAGUCUUGUGUUUUGUGAAUUUCCUCGUGUCUAUCUGCAAAUCAACUUAUCAUGUGGUUUAUCGAUUCUCUCUCUCUCUCUCUCUCUCUCUCUCUCUCUCUCUCUCUCUCUCUCUCUCUCUCUCUCUCUCUCUCUCUCUCUCUCUCUCUCUCUCUCUCUCUCUCUCUCUCUUAAUGUCAAGAUGAAUAAUAAAGAUUUAAGGUUCUCCACCGCCUGUCUCGCCUCCAAGGACAUGUGGAGACGUGUUCCCCCUCCACACACACGAACUUCAACCACUGUCACUCCAUGUUGAGAUUGCAAACCCACGCAAGAGUUAUUCUUGGACAAAAACUGAAAAAAGAGUACUCAGAAUUCAACAGUGAGAAAAAAAACAUGAAAGGUUAUCGCAGGAUUACUCAUCAUGUUUUAAGGUCAUCAGCACAUUGGUUGAGAUUUGUGAGAUUUUAAUAUUUGUUCAUCAUUUUUUUUCUAGAGAGAGAGAAGACUAUGGCCGCUGCUCUGUCAUGUUCAUUAUUUCUUUCUUUCUUUUACAAGCAACGAGAAAGCAAAAAUGUUUCCCCCAUUAUCAUUUAUUCACCCUAAUGUACACCGCAAUGGGUCAUCAACACGUCACACUUGCGUCAUUCUUUCCUCACACUCACCCAUAGAAUCAAUACCACCCCUUAUUUCAGUUUCUACUAACCAAUUCCCUGCCCUGCCCUAUCCUGCGCUGCUACCUGCUAUCCACCGCCAUUUUUGCAAUUCGAAAAAUACCGCAGUAACUUUCCCCGCAUCACCAGUACCACAAGUUUAAAAACGAACUACAUCACCAGUCACCAUGCUAUAGCCACCAUCACACAACACUAACAAGUACCAACAACUGCACCACCACCAACCCAGCUAACCACCACACCACACCACACCACACCACCCCACUCCCACCCGGGACGCUAUCUAUUGUCACUCCACUCCAGCACACGCACAAAACUGACAGCCACCACAACCAACCAACCACGUCACAGUCUCGCUAACGCCGCACUGCCGUCCCCUGUUCCCCUCUCCCCUCUCCCACCCCUCCGCCGCA